AUGGGUUAUGUCUGUGAUAAGAAAGGUGAGUCAGAAGCCAGUAAUUCAUCCAACGAAUUUACUGAUUCCGAGGACGAAUGGACUCCUGAGCAGCAGGUUUAUCAUAAUGAUGUCAUCAUGCGUAAAGUUGUUGCCUUUGUGAGCAAUAUAAAAGAUAGAAGAAAUUUGGAACUUUCAAGUCGUUUUUUUCAUAAUAUUAGCAAGCGAGUUCCGUUUAUCGAUUGUGGGAAUAGUAACACUGUUUUGGAAUUGGUAUUCACAAAACUGGAGCCAAUUAUGACCCUUCGAAUAGCCGGAAAUGAAUUCAAUGUACGAGUAAUAACAUCCCAUGUACGGAGCAAUAGAUCAGACGGUUCGCUACUUCAGCAUGAAUCUUCCAUGGCAAGGAUUCGUAGCAUUAUUAGGCGCUUUUCUCGUCAAAUUUAUUCGCUACGUGUUGGUGGUAUAACCGAUUAUGAACGUCGAUUAGGCUACAUUCCAAACCAUCAGCUUGUAUUAAGUCGAGAUUUAUGUGCUGAAUUCGAUUCCUUAAAAAAUAUAAGAUCAUUAGUGUUGCGUAAUAUUUGUUUAGUGCGUCCAUCUAUACUAUACUGGAGUGGCACCGACUGUUUUCUUUCAAAUAGAAUUUCAAGCCUUUGUUUUCACAAUAUUUGGUUUGAUAGCAUGAGAGAUAUGGGCAACUUCAUGACUAUGAUAUCGUCGAGUGUUCGAAGGCUUUAUGUAUCAGAUUCAAGUGGAAAAACUAUAACAAAUAUUGAAACACAGAUUAAGAAUCUCGGGACAAAGUUGGAUUUACUCUAUUUGGCAAUUGAUUAUCGUGCUUUUCGAAAUUUAAAUCAAGCAUGCCAAGUAUUUCAGGGAGCAUCCGAAGUGGCAAAAGACAUAAAUGUUUGUAUAUGUUUUUCGCGUUUUGUAUCUCAAGCUGGUUUUCAAAUACUUUUAAACUUUGUCACUUUAUUACCAAAUUACAAUAAGAUAACUGUUUUGGAAUUGGAUUUGGGAUCAAUGCGGAGGAAUGUUGAUUGUUGUAAACAGUUUUUUACAGCUCUUCCGCGUUUAACGAACUUAAGAGUUCUGCAUUUAUUUGGCCAUCCAAUCGGUCAUAACUGCAUGCAGUUUUGGGACGAAAUGUUGCUGUCUUUAGAACAGUUAUGUUCGGUCACAGAACUAUCAAUUGUCAAUUUAUUCAGAAACAUACGCUCUGAAAAUUUUGAACUCUUCUGUCGGUCAUUACCCGUUAAUUUAAAUGUUCUGUCACUUCAGCAAGUACAGCACUUGAAGGAUAAUCACUUCGAAAUCAUUUCAGCGCGAUGUCCAAAUUUGGAUACACUAUAUAUGCUAAACUUACGAUCGGUAACAGAAGAUGGUUUGACCAAAUCUAUAACAAACUUAAGAAAGCUAACUAACUUGGCACUGUAUCAUUCAGACGCAGCCGUUUUGAAAGCUUGUAAAUUUUUAGCAAACAGGACGUGGAUGCCUUAUAUCAGAGCAGUAAUUUUGGGUUGUGCCAAAAAAAAACUUGAUAGCUCUCUUGUGGAGACUUUAAAAUAUCGAUUGCCGCACUGUAAAUUACUAGAUAGUGGCAAGUGGCAUGAAUAUGAAUGUCACUUAUGGAGCUGUCGACAGUCAUAUGAAAAACUUUUGGCUGCAUCGUCAUAUGCUGAUUGCCCAGAAUGUGGCAAAGACGUGAGUAUUUUCAGUGACGACGAUGACAUACUAUAA